AGCGGCGUCUGAGGGAGCUUCGGCGGCGUCUCCUUCUCCUCCGUCGUCGUUGCCAGGGCUCUGAGGGGGGAUGAGGCAGGCUGCGGCUGCGGCGAGGGCCCAGCCCCACCGACGCUGAGGCCCCUCGUCGUCGCCGCCGUCGCCCUCCACCGUUUCCCCGCUCCUCCUCGGCCUGGCUCCUCCACCCGCCGCCGGCACCAUGAUGGAGGAAAUCGACCGCUUCCAAGUGCCCGCCGUGCGAGCCGAGAUGCAGCCGCUGGAUCCAACGGCAGCCUCUAUCUCCGACAGAGACUGUGACACAAGAGAGGGAGAGUCUGUAGCUAUGAAUUACAAACCAUCCCCGCUACAAGUGAAACUAGAGAAACAGAGAGAGUUGGCGCGUAAGGGGUCUCUGAAAAAUGGCAACUUGGGGAGCCCCGUUAACCAACAGCCCAAGAAGAACAAUGUGAUGGCACGAACAAGGCUGGUUGUUCCCAAUAAAGGCUAUUCUUCAUUAGAUCAAAGUCCUGAUGAAAAGCCAUUGGUAGCGCUGGACACAGACAGUGAUGAUGACUUUGACAUGUCCAGAUAUUCCUCCUCGGGAUAUUCGUCAGCUGAGCAGAUCAACCAGGACUUGAACAUCCAGCUGCUAAAGGAUGGCUAUCGGUUAGACGAGAUCCCGGACGAUGAAGACCUGGACCUGAUUCCCCCGAAGUCGGUCAACCCCACUUGCAUGUGCUGUCAAGCCACCUCCUCCACUGCCUGCCACAUUCAGUAAUGAGGGAAGCCUGGCAAGGGGUGAUCAGUGCUUUCCACUAUAACUGUAAAACUUAACAGCCAUUGCUUCCUCCUAUGGUAGGACGUGCACCUCUUUGUGUUCAUGGAGCCAGGAGAAACCAAAAAAAAAUUCCUUUUAUGA